AUCUCAAAUAAGAAGCCCUAUUCUGGUCUUAUUCUCUGCUCACUACUCACACCGAACAAAAUCGCUUCACAUUUCCCAUUUUUAGAGAGAGAAAAAAAGAGAAAAAUAUCAAUAUCAUCACGAAGGGACUACAAAUGGCGAUUUCGGGGGUUUUCUCGAGCUUCUUGGUCGGCCGAACGGCGACAUUAGCAAAGUCGUCGUCGUCGUCGUUGCCCCGGCUUAUUGCGGCUCCACCCACUCAUUCUCGUGUUAGCAUGCGCACCGUAACCUAUGCCGCCGCGUCCAAGCUGGGGACGAAGACCGAAAAGCGGGAUCCGAGAGGCAUCAUGAAGCCCCGGCGAGCGUCGUCGGAAAUUCAAGUCUUCCUUGGCGGCGUCCCUGAGACCCCUCGCAAAAACCCAGUCCUCAAGCAGAUUCGGGAAUACAUCAAAUUAUACAAACUUCAGGACCCUCAAAACAAGAAGAUCAUAAUCUGCAAUGGGGUUUUGAAGAAAAUAUUUGGUGGGAAGGAACGUGUUGGAUUUGUUGAGAUUGCAGGGCUGAUCAAUCAUCAUUUUAAAUGAAACAACCUGCAAGAGUAUGGAUAUAGAUUUUUAUCACAAUCCAGAACUGUUAGGCUUGUGAUGUUACUCAUAGAAGUAUAGAUUCAGAAGCCUAUAAAAGCAAUAGUCAUAGGCAUUUGCAGUUUUUUGGAUUAUGAUGAGUAUUGCUUUUAUUGGCUUCUGAAUCUAUACUUCUAGUGUCUGCUAUGUUAAUGUCUUCAGUUUAUGCAACUAUGCCCUUGCUCUUAUUUAAUUUUAUUGUUUGCUCACACAGAAACUCAUGCGCGUGUUCAGAGUACUUGUGCUUGUAUGGCUCUGCUUAAAAUCCAUCUGAGAGAUUAAUAUUUAGGAAUAGAUAUUACCUCUUUUUUCUUUUUCUUUUUUUUCUUUUUUUUCCUUUUUUUUUUUUCCAAACAAAUUGAAAUGAUCGAAGUUUUUCUAUUUGGAAUC